AUGGAAGAUUUCUCAUUAGAAACUAGAAUUAGAGAGGUUGUUUACGAAUUAUCUUAGCCAACUUUGAUGAGAUGUAUAAUCAAUCAUAUUAAAAUAGUAUCUGAUUGUUUAAGACAAAUAGAUUAAUAGUAACAGAAUAUUGAUUAAUUGAAGUAAUAAAUUAGAUAAUAAAAUGACAAUUAACAAAAUCAUUAGAUUGAUGCUGAUAGAAGAUAUAGUGAAAUAGAUGUUUUAUAGAAAUAAUAAAAAAAGUUAGAACUAGAUAUAAUAAAGAAUUAGACAUAAAAUUAAUAAUCAUUAACUCAUUUGAAAUCAAGAAUUGAAUGUUUGGAGAAGGAAUUGGAACAACAAAAGAAUAAUUCUUAGUUUGUGAUGAACUCAUAAAUUAAGACUUAAUCUGAUUUGGAAUAACUAACAAAGAGAUAAGCGGAACACACAGAAACUUUUAAUAAAAAAAUUGAUGAAUUUUUUAAAGAUUAUUAUACAUUGUUUGUAGAAAGUAGAAAUCAAGUGAAUAAAAUAUCAAAAGAAUAGCAAUUGAUUUAAAAAGAUAUUUAGAAUUAAGGUUAACAAAUGGAACAAUUAGGAAUUUGUAAAGACAUAUUAGAAUAAUAGAGUUCGAGUUUGUCUAAGAGAGUUGAAUGGAUUAUAAAUGAAAUUAAUCAUUUAGUGAAUAAAGAUUACUUUAAAUUUACUUUUGAUAAAGUAUUUUAAAUGAUGUAUAUAUAGAGGAAGAAAAGUCUAGAAUUGAAGAUAAUUAAUAUUUGAAGGGAGCUGUUUAAUAAUUAUAGAAUUAAGUUUAGGUUUAUAAUAUAUCCUUUGAUGAAAGAGUCAAAGGAUUAGAGAUGUUUGAGAUUUAAUAUCGUUAGUAGUUGAAUUCUUUUUAGUCAUAGUUAAAUAAUUAGACUGAAAACUAUUAGAAUUUCUUCAAAGAAACAACUUAAUAAUUGUAACAUUAGAAUUUUACAUUAAAUAUGAUUGAAGAGUUUUAGAAGAAUAUAUAAGAGAAGAUAUAAUUGAUUAUAAAUAGUUAGAUAGCUGUAUUCUAAACAAAUGUUGGUAACUAGAUAAAGAAAUUGAUAGAUCAAUUCAAUAGUUUGAAAUCAACGAUAGUAAAAGAAAUGGCUUAAGAAUUUAAUUAUAAAUUGGAAGAUAUUCGUUAAUAAUUAUUGAAUGAAUCUUUAAAGUAAUAAAGUAUAAAAUUAGCAACUUUUGAAUAGAAAAUUUAGGAAUUGAAAAAUAAAUAAUAUUAGAAAGAUGUUGAAGUAUAAGUUAUCUUAUCAGAAAAUUCAUUAAGUUAAUANAUUAAAAUAAAAAUGGAAGAUUUCUCAUUAGAAACUAGAAUUAGAGAGGUUGUUUACGAAUUAUCUUAGCCAACUUUGAUGAGAUGUAUAAUCAAUCAUAUUAAAAUAGUAUCUGAUUGUUUAAGACAAAUAGAUUAAUAGUAACAGAAUAUUGAUUAAUUGAAGUAAUAAAUUAGAUAAUAAAAUGACAAUUAACAAAAUCAUUAGAUUGAUGCUGAUAGAAGAUAUAGUGAAAUAGAUGUUUUAUAGAAAUAAUAAAAAAAGUUAGAACUAGAUAUAAUAAAGAAUUAGACAUAAAAUUAAUAAUCAUUAACUCAUUUGAAAUCAAGAAUUGAAUGUUUGGAGAAGGAAUUGGAACAACAAAAGAAUAAUUCUUAGUUUGUGAUGAACUCAUAAAUUAAGACUUAAUCUGAUUUGGAAUAACUAACAAAGAGAUAAGCGGAACACACAGAAACUUUUAAUAAAAAAAUUGAUGAAUUUUUUAAAGAUUAUUAUACAUUGUUUGUAGAAAGUAGAAAUCAAGUGAAUAAAAUAUCAAAAGAAUAGCAAUUGAUUUAAAAAGAUAUUUAGAAUUAAGGUUAACAAAUGGAACAAUUAGGAAUUUGUAAAGACAUAUUAGAAUAAUAGAGUUCGAGUUUGUCUAAGAGAGUUGAAUGGAUUAUAAAUGAAAUUAAUCAUUUAGUGAAUAAAGAUUACUUUAAAUUUACUUUUGAUAAAGUAUUUUAAAUGAUGUAUAUAUAGAGGAAGAAAAGUCUAGAAUUGAAGAUAAUUAAUAUUUGAAGGGAGCUGUUUAAUAAUUAUAGAAUUAAGUUUAGGUUUAUAAUAUAUCCUUUGAUGAAAGAGUCAAAGGAUUAGAGAUGUUUGAGAUUUAAUAUCGUUAGUAGUUGAAUUCUUUUUAGUCAUAGUUAAAUAAUUAGACUGAAAACUAUUAGAAUUUCUUCAAAGAAACAACUUAAUAAUUGUAACAUUAGAAUUUUACAUUAAAUAUGAUUGAAGAGUUUUAGAAGAAUAUAUAAGAGAAGAUAUAAUUGAUUAUAAAUAGUUAGAUAGCUGUAUUCUAAACAAAUGUUGGUAACUAGAUAAAGAAAUUGAUAGAUCAAUUCAAUAGUUUGAAAUCAACGAUAGUAAAAGAAAUGGCUUAAGAAUUUAAUUAUAAAUUGGAAGAUAUUCGUUAAUAAUUAUUGAAUGAAUCUUUAAAGUAAUAAAGUAUAAAAUUAGCAACUUUUGAAUAGAAAAUUUAGGAAUUGAAAAAUAAAUAAUAUUAGAAAGAUGUUGAAGUAUAAGUUAUCUUAUCAGAAAAUUCAUUAAGUUAAUAGGAACAAUUAUAAAACUUUAUAAUUGAAUAGAUAGAAAUGAAAAUUACAAAUAGUUCAUUUAAAGGAUAGAAAGUCACAAGGAGAAAUAGUAUAGGUUAAAAUUCAAAAGGAGGAUUUAAUUUGAUUUAGAUAAGUUAGGUUGAUAAUCAGAAAUCUAUGGUUUUUAAUGAAUAAUGGAAUGAGUAAUUUGAAGAUAUGAAGACUGAUAUAUAGAUGUUGUUUGAGAUGAGAGAAGAGAUAGAAUAAAAGUUUAAAGUUUUUGAAGCUGACUUUUCAGUUGCUAUAUAGAAUUUUGAUAGGAAUCAUACCCAUGUAUUAAAAUUGAAAUCUGAUAUUUUUAAUGAUACAGAAUAUUUGAAUAAUCAGAUAAAGAUAUUAAUAAGAGAAAAGGAAUUAAUGAAUCGAAAAUUUUCAUUACUUUUAUAAUUAUUUUCUGGUGGUUCUGAGAUGGCAUAAAUAACAGUUGCUUAUUUAUUGAAAUAAUUGAAAGAUCCAAUAAAGUUUACGUCUGAUUUAGGAAUGGUAUUUGAAUUUAGAAAUGAGAUAUGUAGUUACAGAUCAUCAAAUUAUGAAGUAGAAGAUCUUUUGAAAAAAUCAUUUUAGAGUUUCAUAGAUAUUUGGGAUAAAAAUGAAUUAUUAGAGGUAAGGGAAUUUAAUCCUCAUUGGUAUUUCAAUAAUUACAUAUACAAAAACCAUAUAGGUUUAUCAAAGACUUUAGAGAGAUCCUUUGAAAGAACAAUUAAAUGUGCAACUUAGACAGUAGCAGAUGUAGAAGAUUAAAUAAAGAAAUCUGGAAAAUAAAGAAAUACUUCUUAAAAAUAAUCAAUUAUGUUAAAUUUAGAUUCAACGAGAUAGAAAAGAAUGACAGUUAGAUCUUUAUACAAAUAGUCAGAACGUGAUGAUUCUAGUGAGUUUUUUCCAAAAGUAAAAAAGUGA